CUCGAGCUGCCUUUAGCUGUGCACGAAGGAAGGAGACGGGAGCCAGGGAGCCGGGGCCUCCCUCGCGGGUCCGCGGGCUCCGGAAGCUGCCUUUUUUACCCCUUCGGCGGCGAGCAGCGAGGAUAAACUUACUCGAUGAAAGUAUAUGAAGAAUGUUUAUCUUUUCAUCUAUUAUUUAAUCCAGUUCUGUGGCCACUCUUGGAUACUUACAAACAUGACAGUCAGAUUCUUUUCAUUUGGAAAAGAUUCAAUGAUAGAUACUUUUUAUACUAUUGGACUUGUCAUGAGACUUUGCCAAUCCAUUUCUCUCUUGGAGUUGCUGCACAUUUAUGUUGGCAUUGAAUCAAACCAUCUUUUUCCAAGAUUUUUGCAGCUCACAGAGAGAAUCAUCAUCCUUUUUGUGGUGAUCACCAGUCAAGAGGAAAUCCAAGAAAAAUACGUGGUGUGUGUUUUAUUCAUCUUUUGGAAUCUACUGGAUAUGGUCAGGUACACUCACAGCAUGCUGGCAGUCACAGGGACAUCCUAUGCUGUCUUGACGUGGCUCAGUCAAACACUGUGGAUGCCCAUUUAUCCCCUGUGUGUUCUUGCUGAAGCAUUUGCCAUCUACCAGUCGCUGCCUUAUUUUGAGUCAUUUGGCACUUACUCCACCAAGAUGCCCUUGGACUUGGCCACCUACUUGCCAUAUGUGCUGAAGCUGUAUCUCCUGAUGCUCUUUAUAGGUAUGUACUUUACCUACAGUCAUCUUUACUCGGAAAGAAGAGACGUCCUCAGAGUCUUUUCCAUUAAAAAGAAAAUGUGAAGCACAGCAUUCCAAUGUGACAAGAAAAAGAUGGGACUCAGUGUCAGCAUAUCCAACACAGGAAUGAUUCUGGUGGACAAAUACUACUAGAGGAAAAAGUCAUGACAUUAAAUAACUGCCCCCUAAAAUUCUAGGUGACAAUAGUAUUUUUUUCUAAGACAUACACUCUGUACACCCUGCUUCGUCAAAGCUAUGGAUUUUAUACAAGUUAUAUUUAUAUUGUGUGAAUCUGAUUAUUUUUCUGUAAAGAUGAGUAAGUUCAAUUAAAUUGAGAAA